AUGGCCAUGUCUACGCUGAGGCACUCUCGAGACCCUCGGCCCGUCGGUGAUCGAGCCUACGCGGCGCAGUGUGCCAGGAACGUUGUCGACCUGCUCAGUUCUAGCGGUUACGGGAAGCCCAUCUCCUACGAAAAGCUUCUGAAGGACCCUUCAACCAAGGAGUUCUUCGAUAUUUUUCGCUUCUUCAUCGCGAAGCUCGACGUUUCACUUCAGGUGAAUGGUAAGCUUGAGGACGAGGUACCAACCAUCAUGCGUCGCUUGAAAUAUCCAGUCGAAGUGAACAGGUCGAAGCUCCAGGCUAUCAGUGGGCCAAACACGUGGCCUCAGCUUUUAGCUGUUCUCGAUUGGCUUGUCGUGCUUGUUCGCAUCAACGACGAGCUCAUAGAGCCGGUCGCAGCCUGCGAGGUCGGCCUCGCCGAUAUAGCGCAUCCGGAGCAGGAGGGCGGAGAUCAUCAACUUUUGCGGUCCCUGCACGAGAACUACGUGCAGUACCUGGGCGGCAAGGACGACCAGUCUGACGAAGAACGCCUGCGCCAGAUCUACGAGCAGCGAAUCGCCGCACUCCAGGGGGAAAUUGACCGAUUGCAGGCACAGCACACGUCCAUGGAGCAGCAGCUCGAGGACUUCAACUCGGAGCACGACCGCCUCAUCGAACUCCAGAAGGCUCCUGCCCAGCUCGAGGUGGAGGCAGAUCGGCUGCGUGGCGAAAUCCAGUCGCAGGAGGCCCGCGUGAGACGCUUAGAGGAGGAGCUCGCCUCCGCCGACUCCGCGGAGCGCAGGCAUCUGCUCGAGCUCGAGGGACUGCAGGUCUCCAUCCGGGAGCUGUCGGAGAAGGUGGAGAGCCAGGCGUGGGUUUCGGCGGAUUCUAAAACGGACAUCGAGAGGCUGAAGUGCGAGCGCGGGCAUCUUCGACAGGUCCUGCACGACCUUCGGACCGACACAGAGAAGGCCGAGCAGGGCGUCUGGGAGCUCGGAAUGCAGGAGUCGAGUCAUGCCGAGAACAUCGGCCGUUUGGUGCGUCACAUCAACGAGUCGGUUGAGUCUUUGGACCCAGCCUCCGCGGGAGAGGUCGUGCCCCGAGGACCUGCUGGUGCGAGUCGACCUCAACGAGCCGACGGACGCGCUGGCUAUCCAGGACUUCGCGGACGUGCGCAAGGUGGCCCAGGGCGUGCUCGCUGCGCACGUUGUAGCCAAGCAGGGCGAGGAGGCGUCGUUCCACAGCGUCCUCGAGGAGAACAGCGGGCCGCCCAGGAGGAGCUGUCGGAGAGGGAGCGCGAGUGCCGGCGCCACCGGGUCCGGCUCGAGCAGCUGUCCAGGAUGCGCGAGGAGAGUACCGCGUGUGGAGCGCGUCUCAGCUGGACGACGCGCAGCGCACCGCCGAGUCCACCGAGGACGCAGUGCACGAGGUCUCGAUAGGAGGGCAGGCGUCGUCCCUGCAGCUGGCCGCGGAGGUGGACCGCCUGCGCAUGGUCCGGGAGCAGGAGAAACAGCUGGCGGCUGACGAGAAGAAGGAACUCGAGGAGAUGAUCUCGCGGGCCAUGGAGCGCUUCGAGGAGAAGAAACGCGUGUUCCACGACGAGAUCAACAGUUUCGUCAAGUCCCAGGAGAUGAUCUGCAAGGAUGUGGAGACCGCCCUCCGAGACGACGGGGACUACUCCGCACUCCACCUGUCCCCGCGCGCGGCGGGCCUGCCGCGCCACGGGGGCUGCUAGUUGUUUGUCAAUUCGGGCCUGCAGCUGCGAUCCGUCGCCCGAGUCUGCAAGGGCACGACCGAAUUCGGGGCAGGCUUCAACACAGAGUGGGGCCGUGCUCUGUUCCUGCGCGGAGGCGCACGCGCGACGCCCCCUCUGGUCGUCCGUGCACCCGUAGCGCAGGGACUGCAUUUGGCAGUCGUGUCAGGUUGCAGCCAUGUACCAUUAUGCAACGAGUUCAGUCGUUACGCUGCGCUAAGACUCAUCGCCUACGGAUGUGAGCAUGCCAUACGAGGUCGCAUCUUAUCACGCAGUGCUUUGGUGCAUUGAUUCGUAGAACGCCUCCAGCGUCCGUUCUUCGUCGUGCUCUUGCCAAGCGCGCCAGGCUCGUUAUGUAUUCACACGACGGGGGCCGAUCGCCACAGCGAGUUCCCAUGCCGAGGCCAGGUUUCAGGUUUCGCUUGUCUCAGACUGGUCACUAUGUUGACCAGGCAAGGUUCUAUCAAGCAGUCUGUUGCACAAAAGCAGAACUGUCGAAACGGGUUCGGCAUUGGGCUGCGAAUGCUGUAUCAACGCGCACAGUUUGAGUGCAAGUCUGCAGUACAUGUCUUGAGCAUCACCAUGGCACUGGAUGUUUCAGGAUGCGCGGAGGUGAGAAGUCCCCCCUGCACGCCAGGCGACUCUACAUAAUUGGGUCUGGAGUUCCUAUCAAGGUCUCCUCCUCCCUCUCCACCC